GACACAUUUGCGCCGAACGAUCAUCAUGCAUCUCAUGUACACGCUGGACGAGGCUGGAAACCGAGUGUAUACUCUCAAAAAGGUCACGGAUGCGGGAAGGAUUACUAAGUCCGCACACCCUGCGCGCUUCUCUCCUGACGACAAGUUCUCGCGCCACCGUGUCACUAUCAAGAAACGCUUCGGUGUACUGCCCACCCAGCUCCCAGCCAAGCCCUUGUAGAUGAUCAGACCGCCUUCAAGCUCGUAGCUUCAACAAACACCAUUCGACAUGGUCUUGAUUUUUUGGGGACACCAUUGCUGCGACGAUUCGCCGUACGAGGAACCUACCGCGUCGCUCACGCUUCGCCGAUGUGCGCAGCAUGUACAAUAGGCGCGAUCGGAUGCCUUCUGCGCUCUGUAUCAUGUACCAGCUAUUGUAGGACGGCUCCAGAAUAGACGCGCAGCGGUUCCUGCGCUACCAGACACCUGUACACCUUUCGUGAGGCUUCGCUCAAGAAGUCGACUCAAUACCCCCACCGUUCUAUAGGCCUUUCUGGUAGAUUGGUUGACUUCGAGUUGAGGGGUGUAUAGAUGAGGUCGAUAAUUGAGUCCCCCCGUACCCAUACCAAUACGUUAUGUCUC